AUGACUGGAUAUAGAUCUGCUAACACUCCUAUUGAAUUCAAUGUGAAACUAGGAGAUUCUGUUGACAAAGUUUCCGUUGAUAAAAAGAGUGUUGUUAGUCAGUUUAUGCAGGCACCCUACGAAGAACAUAUGGAAGCUGUGAAUUGGAUUCUGAGAUAUUUGAAAAGUUCACCAAGUAAAGGUCUGAUGUUCAAAAAAACUGAUAGGAAAUGCAUUGAGGCUCAUAUCAACUCUGAUUGGGCAAGAUCAUUUAUUGACAGAAAAUCUACCUCUAGAUAUUGUACUUUUGUGUGGGGUAACCUAGUUACUUGGAGAAGUAAGAAGAAAAAUGUUGUUGCUAAAAGCAGUGCUGAAGUUGAAUACAGAGCUAUGAGUUUGGGAAUUUGUGCAGAAAUCUGGUUGAAGAAAGUUUUGUUUGAUCUACACCAAGAAAAUGUAAACCUAUGA